AUGGAGGGGAGGGGUCUUGACAACGCCAACCCCACCAUUCUCAGCGUCUCGCAACUGCCCAGCAGGAGACGCAAAGGAGGCGCAGUCAGACGCGGGCCCGACUCCAAGUGUGACAGCAUAGUUUACCCCAGGCAGCAUUGGCCCUAUGGCUCAGGCGUGUCGUCAGGUGAGGACGACGAGGAAGAGGACGAGGAGGAGCCCAUUGACGAGCAAGACAUUUUUGAUCUUAUUUCCACUAUCUCAGACCCUGAGCACCCGCAUACCCUGGGCCAGCUGUCAGUUGUAAGGCUUCCCGAUAUUCACUUGAGCCCCUCGCCAGCCAAGCUUCCAAGUCCAGAUGCUCUGGUGACCGUGCGCGUUGAUCUCACUCCCACCAUCAAUCACUGCUCACUCGCCACUGUCAUCGGCCUAGCCGUUAGGUGCAGGCUAGAGCAAACUCUGCCGCCUAAUUACCGAGUCGAGGUCAAGAUGAAGGAAGGCUCUCACGCGCAGGAUGAUCAGGUCAAUAAGCAGCUCGGUGACAAGGAGAGAGUUGCCGCGGCUCUUGAGAACGACACACUCCAAAGGAUGGUGGACAAGAUGCUCUCGACAUGUGUUUGA